AUGUUUUGCCGGUAUUUGUAUUUUACACAUAAUCCUUACAAAUACUGCUCAAUAAGGGUACAUUUUAGCAAAAUGAGGCCUGCGAGAUGUUCAAUGUGUUUAAAACGUUGCAAAAACGUUAAAGACUUGAUUAAACACAUAAAAAAACACCCUAAACGUGAUCUUCUGAAAAACUUAUUUGAUAAUAACAACAACCACGUGUUGAUGAAGAAUACAGUAAAGAAAAAGAUUGAUACUGUCGAUAAAAGCGAAGAAAUAUAUUUUUCCGACAAUAUUCAUAUAGUUUGUGGUAAAGGCAAAGUUGUGAUUAGUGAUGGAACCAAUUCAGUAGAGUUUAAAACUAAAUUUGAAGGUAGGGAAGUUAUUCUACCUAUUAUAAACGAAAAUAAUAAUGACGGUGAAGAUUUAGAGCAGGGCUCUGAGAAAUACCACUUUAAGAUUGACAUAACACAGGAUAGAGUGAAAUCGGAGGAGAUUUACUUCAACGACAAUAUACACAUUCUUUUUGGGAAAAACAAGAUUAUAAUCGGUGAUGGGAAGAAUUGCGUGGCCUUUAAAGUCAAUUUAGAGGACAAAAACGAACCUUUGGUGGUGACAAACGAAAAACUGGGCAAAGACGAGUGCUACUUCCAAAUUGACAUUACUCGCAUUGAUAAAAACCACAACAAAUCCCUUGAUGAUAAAAGCGGGAAAUUCUACGAAUGCCACUGUUUUGAACCUGUUGAGGCCCCAAAUGCCUCCGAUACCGACUCGGGUUCUGAUUCACUGAUAGAGACAAAGUUCGUCUGCGAGGAGUGCUGCAGUGGGUUUGACAGUGAGCAAGAAUUGUUGGAACACAUCCGGGGACACAUGAUUCCUUGCAGGGUGUGUGGGGAGAGUUUUCCCAACCAAAUGUUGCUCUCAGAGCAUGCCAAAAGCCACGUUAUUAAGGUUUAUUUGUGCCACAUUUGUAAUAUGGAGUUUUUCUACCGGGAGGCCUUUCGCAGACACACUGAGGCUCACUACGAGAAUUACACCCUUGAUACUGUUGUAGAUAUGGAGAGGGACUACAAUGUACAACCGUAUACCAACACUAUGGGGUACAAUGAAAGUAUUAACCAAAUUUUGCAUUACUUGGGGCAUGAAGUUUUUAUUGGUGAUAUUGAACAGCACAUGCAAACCGUCCACUACGCAUACGCGUGUUAA